AUCUCCACGGAUGAAAGCUCUGAUUACGACGGCGGUGAAGACGAGUCCGAUUCCAGCGACCCGAAUCAUGGAGACGACGAUGAUGAAGACGGAGCAGAUAGUACAGUUGAUGAUAAUAAUGUCUAUGAUGAUGAUGAUGACAAUAAUGGCGAUGAUGAUAAUGAUGACAAUAAUGACUAUGAAGAUAGUGGUGAUAAUAAUGAUGAUGAUGAUUAUGAUGAUGACGAUAUCCAAAACGAGGAUGAAUCAGAGUUUGAGGAAGAGCAGGAGGGAGAGCAAGAAGAAGACCAGGACGAAGAGCAGGACGAAGAGAAGGAGGAUGAGGAGCAGGAUGAGGAGCAGGAUGAGGAGCAGGAUGAGGAGCAGGAAAAGAAUCAGGAAGAUGAGUACGAAGAUGAACAGGAAGAGGAAGAUCAAUUGACUGAAGCACCGACCACGAAAAUCUUCAGAAAAAGAAAACAGUUCGAUUCUGAUAGAGUUUCAUUUGCUCCCAAACAACGAAAUGAAAGAAACAAUCGCGCCUUUACAUUUUCAACAAGACAAACCACAAUGGCUGCUCGUUUGAAUCGAAAUAGAAACGAACGUCGAAGUUCUACAAUGAGAACCACCACCUCUUCUAAGCCAGAAAUGAUUAUCAAAACCAACAGACCAAUUUCGUCAACUACACCAACGCAAACGACGACCAAAACUCGAAAACCUCGGAAGAAGACACAAAGUCGAAAAGCUGAUCCUACAACCACCAUCACAACCACAGCAACCAUGAGGACCACGACCACCAUGAGAACAAGACGAACAACUUCCCAUCAGUCGAGACGAACCACGACAGAACCUCGUACGAAACGGACGACGUCUGCCCCUGAAACGAGACAAACAACCAUCACCACUCAGAAGACUCGGAAUGAUAGAAGAAGACGCGGGCGGCCCACUACCACCACUCCAAGAUCGACUACCAUUACUCCAAGAUUCACAACCACUACUCUAAAAUCCACUUUCACCGGCCGAAGGAAGUUCAAAGGACGCGGAUAA